AUGCCCAUCCGCGUCAAGCUCAAGAAACCGCCGCCUGUCCGCGAGGGCAGUCCCUUCUCCGCCCGCUUUGAUUACAUCGAGCCCCCUUACAUCGGCCCGGACGACUCAUUCCGCCUCGUCGUCAAGAAGCUGGGCCAGUACAUCACCGAGGCCAUCGAGCUGCCCAGCAGCUUUGAGCAGCUGCGCACCACGUCGGCCGGCACAUCGCUGCGCCUCUUGGUUGACCAUCUGGCCGAUACCUGCGUCAACCCGGCCAUCGUCAAUGCUCUUUUGGCGCUCAAAUGGCACUAUGCUUCGGAUCGUGACAACCAGGGCGUCGGCGAAGCUCGCUCUAAUGCCUGUGAGAUUGUAGCCUGGAGAUUCCUGACCCACCACUCGGAGCGCGAGGCUGUGACCUUUUGCCUCUACGAGAUCCCUGACCAUAAGAAGGUAAAGGCCCAACAGCAACAGCAACAGCAGCAGGAGCCUGAUCGCCUCAUCGGAUCGGAUCCCGAAGCUGGCGAGGGCACUCCCUUGAUUCCUCGCGUGCUGGCUUCUUUUGACGGCUCAGAUGCUCAUCUCCCUGCGGGAAGUUCGUCCAAGAAGAUACAGCUUCUGUCGUCUCUUUCCCGCUUGACUAAUCUUAGCAUGGAUGACGAGAAUGACGGAGGUGAUGAUGAUGAUGACCCAACCGCCGCUUUUGAAGGUCUAAAUGCUCUUGAGAUUGCUGCUAUUGCCGACGCCAAGAGAUUUCUUAGCCAGCACGUCGUGCAGAAGAUCAUCGUGGGCAUAUGGAAUGGCGAUAUUGUUUUUUGGGAUUCCAUGUCGAUCAAUUCGACCAAGCACCCCCAUUUCUAUAACCCAUUCACGUCGGAUCCCUAUUCCCGACUCCGUGUACCCAAAUAUCUCAAAUGCUGGGAAGUCUUGUUCUUUGUUGUCUUCAUGUGCUUGUAUUACUCUGUCCUCAUUGUGCGGGACGAAAGCCGCCUGACUGGCCCCGAAAUCGCCUUGUUCUUCUGGUUGGCUGCCUUCUUUUACGAUGAAUUGAGUGAAUGGAUUGAUGCCGGAGCCAUCUUUUACGCAACGGACAUCUGGAAUUUGUUUGACAUGAUUAUGAUCCUCAUUGGCACCAUCUUUGCUGUAUUAAGAAUUAUCGGUAUCAUGCGUCAAGAUUUGCGCCUAAAUGACCUGGCAUUUGAUGUGCUGGCCUUGGAGGCUCUCUUCAUGAUCCCCCGUAUUUGCUCCAUCCUAAGUCUGAGCCCCUACUGGGGUACGCUUAUUCCCUGCCUUAAGGAGAUGGGCAAGGACUUUAUCAAGUUCAUGGUGCUUGUCAUUGUUGUUUACCUUGGCUUCCUGACCACCUUUUCCCUCGUGGGCAGAGACAUCUUUAGCUUUGGCAAGAUGACGGGCAUCUUGACCAAGAUAUUUUAUGGUUCGAGCUAUGUGGGAUUCGAGAUCAUGGACCAGAUUGAUCCCAUCUUUGGACCUCCCUUGAUGAUCAUCUUCAUCACGUUGUCAUCGUUCCUUCUCAUGGGCUCGCUCACCGGUAUGCUCUCCAACAGCUUUUCUCGCGUCAUCACCCACGCCAAGGAGGAGUACCUCUACGUGUACAGUGUGUACGUGCUGGAGGCCUCAACCAGCAACCGCUUGACACACUUUUACCCCCCUUUCAACCUUGUUUCCUUGGUUCUGUUCCGUCCAUGGCGAUACAUUUUCCCGAGGUCCCACAAAUACCGCGCAGGUAGGAUCUGGCUUCUCAAGGUGACCCACGCGCCCAUUGUGGGCGUCAUCAAACUCUACGAGUAUCUCAAGUACAAGGGCGAUGACGAUGACGAGUUCCGCGGCUUCAAGGGCCCAAAGGAGCCUAAGGGGAGACGCCGUAGGUCGGAGGCUGGUAGACCCUCAUCUGCUGCUGGCCGCCCCCCAAUUGCAACGCUUAGAUCUGCGAUGAAAUUGCGCCCGUCUAGCCGAAAUCGCGAGGAGGACGAUGUCGAUGCGCCCUCGCCAGUUGAGGCUCAGCUUAUGGAACUGCAGCAGAAGAUUGACCAGCUGACAUCGAUUGUCGUAUCGAUGAGGGAGAGCCAGAUGGUGAAUGACAAGAUCGAAACCGGUAAUAACAACAGUGUCUGA